GUUUACUCUGGGCACGUGAGGUGGAGCUACUUUGGAUUUGCACGUUCUGGCUGGGUGACGUACUCGGGAGUAUUGUCGCAGCCUUUCUUGGUCCAGAGCCGCUGGGGCGAACAGAACCCGGUGAGAAAGGACGGCUGAAGGCAUGCUCAGACUUGUGGGCCUGCACCGUAGCAGGACGCCCAGCUACGUGGGGGCUCAGCAGCGCAACAAGCACCACAGGGCCGUCAUGGCUAUCCGCCGUGAGGACGUCAACCCCUGGGAAAGAAGGGCCCCACUGGCUCCCCGCCAUGUCAGGGAGCUGACGAAUGACGGUGUCAAAGUCCUGGUCCAGCCAUCUAACCGCCGCGCCAUCCAUGAGAAGUUCUAUAUGAAGGCAGGGGCCAUCAUUCAGGAGGACAUUUCAGAGGCAUCUCUGAUUGUUGGAGUGAAGAGGCCCCCGGAGGAGAAGGUCAUCCCCAGGAAGACGUAUGCUUUCUUCUCCCAUACCAUCAAAGCUCAGGAGGCCAACAUGGGACUACUGGAUGACCUGCUCAAGAAGGAAGUUCGUCUUAUUGACUAUGAGAAGAUGGUUGACGCCAAUGGUUACCGUAUUGUAGCGUUUGGCCAGUGGGCCGGUGUUGCAGGAAUGAUUAACAUUCUUCAUGGUUUGGGACUUCGUUUCUUGGCUCUUGGCCACCACACUCCUUUCAUGCACAUUGGGAUGGCACACAACUACAGGAACGUCAGCCAGGCCAUCCAGGCCGUGAGGGAUUGUGGUUAUGAGAUUUCCAUGGGACUCAUGCCCAGAUCCAUUGGCCCCCUCACCUUUUGUUUUACUGGAACAGGAAAUGUCUCCAAGGGAGCCCAGGAUAUGAUCAAUGAACUUCCUGUUGAAUAUGUUGAACCUCAUGAGUUGAAAGAUGUCUCUGAAACUGGAGAUAUGAAUAAAGUGUAUGCCACAGUUCUGAGCCGGCACCACCACCUGGUGAGGAAGAGCGAUGGCAACUAUGAUCCCAUGGAAUAUGAGAACCACCCAGAACUCUACACCUCACACUUCAGAACCAGCGUUGCUCCCUACACAACAUGUCUGAUUAAUGGCAUCUACUGGGACCCCCACACCCCAAGGCUCCUCAGACGCCUUGAUGCCCAAAGACUCAUCAGACCCCUUAGAUCCUUGAGGGCUCUCAACGAGGGGUCACCAGUGCUGCCUCACAAACUACUGGCCAUCUGUGACAUAUCUGCAGAUACUGGAGGCUCCAUAGAGUUCAUGACUGAGUGCACCACCAUUGAUAAGCCUUUCUGCAUAUAUGACGCAGACCAGCACAUAGACCAUGACAGCGUGGAGGGAAAUGGGAUCCUCAUGUGCUCAAUUGACAACCUUCCUGCCCAGCUCCCGAUUGAAGCCACUGAGUACUUUGGAGACCGACUCGGCCCUUACAUCUGGGAAAUGCUGCUCUCAGAUGCCACCAAGUCGCUCAAUGAAGAGGAGUUCAGCCCACAAGUCAGAGAUGCCAUCAUCACCUCCAAUGGAGCUCUCACCCCAAAGUUUGAAUACAUCGAAAAAAUGCGAGAGAAAAGGGAAAAGGCUCAGAUCCUGAAGAAAACUGGUAUGAAGAGAGUUCUGCUGCUGGGGUCAGGUUACGUCUCUGGGCCUUUGGUGGAGUAUCUGACCCGGGAUGAGAAGACCCAGGUGACUGUUGCGUCUGUGCUUCUGAAACAGGCUGAGGAGCUGGCAGCCAGGUAUCCCAACACCAUCCCCAUCAUGCUGGAUGCCAGCAGCCAGGAGGGACACCUGGACUCUCUGGUCACAGAUCAUGACCUGGUCAUCAGCAUGCUGCCUUACUCUUUCCAUCCCAUCAUCGCCAAACACUGCAUAAGGAGGAAGGUGAACAUGGUGACUGCCAGCUACCUGAGUCCUGCUAUGAAGGAGCUGCAGAAAAGUGUGGAGGAAGCAGGCAUCACCAUUGUGAACGAGAUGGGACUGGAUCCAGGCAUCGAUCACAUGCUGGCCAUGGAGUGUAUCGACCAGGCCAAGGCUGAUGGCUGCACUGUGGAGUCUUACAGCUCGUUCUGCGGUGGGCUUCCUUCUCCGGAGUGUUCAGACAAUCCUCUUCGCUACAAGUUCAGCUGGAGUCCUUACGGUGUCCUCCUGAAUACAAUCAGCCCAGCUGUCUUUUUCAGAGAUGGUGAGGUGGUGAGCAUCCCUGCAGGUGGGGCUCUGAUGGAUUCGACCACAGAGAUGGAUUUCUUCCCAGGUUUCAACCUGGAGGGAUUUCCCAACCGCGACAGCACCAAGUACGCCGAGUCAUAUGGCAUCCAGACAGCACACACGCUCAUCAGGGGAACCCUGCGCUUCAAGGGCUUCUCCAAAGCCAUGGGCGGCUUUGUUAAGCUGGGACUGAUCAAUACCGAGCCCAAUCCUGUCCUCCAGCACCCUACGUCUACCAUCUCCUGGAAAGAACUCCUUUGUCAUCAGAUGGGCUUGCCCUCCUCCGUGUCCCCAGAAGCUUUUGAGGAAGCAGUCUAUAAGCAGGUUGGAGAGGAUCAGUUCAGAAUGGACACCUUGAGAUGGCUGGGGAUGCUGAGCGACGACGCUGUGCCUCAUGCGGACACCAUUCUGGCUGCACUCACAAAACACCUGGAAGCCAAGCUCUCUUUUGCUAAAGGUGAGCGGGACUUGAUAAUCAUGAGGAACGACGUGGGAAUUCGACAUCCAACCGGAGAGCUGGAGAUGCGACAGAUCAGCCUGGUGGUAUAUGGGGAACCAAACGGUUUCUCUGCCAUGGCCAAGACUGUAGGAUACCCAGCAGCCAUUGCUGCUCGCAUGGUUCUUGAUGGGGAAAUCAGUACAAAAGGUCUGCUGGUCCCAAUGACCAAAGACAUCUAUGGGCCGGCGUUGGCUCGGCUGAAGGAGGAAGGACUGCACAUCAUAUCCAAGAGCACCCUACAGGAGUAGAACAUAGUCUGCAGAGAACCUGCAGAAGUCCAAAGAACUUCAAAAGUGGAUAAAAUCAGCUUUUGAUGACUUUACAUCAAUUCCUUUAACACUAUGAAACCCAGCUGUCUGCUGGUUGUCUGAUUGUUUUAUUUUAUUUUUUUAAGGAAUGUUUUUGUUAGACCUACUUGACAGAUAAAAAUUUUAAGUGUUAAUAAAAAUGUGAAAGCAGCAGUAGCCAAAACAUAUUUGAGUCCAAAAUCACCAAAUUUAGAAAUCUGAAGAAUUAGUUAAAAUAGUUGAAAGGAAAUUCAUGCUCAAAAUUUGCAGUCUCAGGUCAGAAAUUUAGGAUGCAGGUGAUGUUCAAUAAUUAAAAUGUUUUGCCUAACUUCUCAUCUGUAUCAGAGGAACAUAAUUAGGUCAGACAACAUGAAUGAAACCAUAAGAACAAAACCUCUUAAACAAACAUCCAAGUGCAGACCUGCUGUAGAGCCCAGCUGAGAAAACGUCACAGCGUGCAAUGAGAUGAAUCCUACCGCUGAAUGCUCAGUGUGUGGCUGAAACCACACAGUCAGGUCUUCAUUUUGUAAGAAAUGUACUCCAAACUAAAGUUGGACCUGACUGGAGCUCCCAGCUGAUGUUUUUAGAAAGUGCACCAAGUUCUGGAGCAGUUUCACAUAGAUGUAGAAAAAAUGUUACAAUGUUACACUGCCGACACUGACCUGAUCAGUGUCGGCAGUGUAACAUGCUGAUCUGAUAUUUACUGACUAAAACCAGGCUAGUUUCAUCCAUCGAUCACAGGUUUUGAUUCUUUUCAAAUAGAGAUAAGGAAGUAUUUUGCAUAUAGCAGAGAUAUAUAUUUAGCGAUAUAAAUUACUCCAUGUCAUCUUAAAACAAAUGUUUGUAAUGUGUAGAUAUCAGAAAGACUGAGAGGCUUUAGAAUGUAAUUCAGGAGACAAUAAGUUUAAUUUCUGGAGAGAUCAGUACCAUAAAACGCCAUCAUGAACUGCUUGUUGAAAGUCUUUUUCUAAAUGUUUGAGGUCACAAUAUCUGAAAUAUUUCUGUUGUGGGGUUUUGUUUAUGUUUUUUCUUUUUGACAGAAAUGAAAUGGUAACAAUUAAACUCCUGUAAAGUAUUCUGAUGAUUUCUUAAAAACAUAAAGAGCAUUAAUGUAGGUCACACAGUUUCAAUAUAUUUAUCUAAAUAAUUUAGAUAAAUAAAUGAUCAGUUAUUGUGGAAAA